GCCGAGGGGCGGAGGAUGCGCCUUGCAGGGGAGGCCUGGCCAGGGUAUGGGCGUGGCUGGGGAAGACUUCGGGGUGGGGCUACGCAGGCGGCCGGGGAGGGGACCCGCCAGAACAAGAGGCUGGGCGUGGGCUCCGGGUCCGCGGCUUCUCAGGGAAGGGCGGCGCUGCCGCAGAGCAGCUCCGCGAGCCACGCAGGAGCUGCAGCCCCGCUUUGUUCUGGUUGCUGCCUCCUAGACCCUCCGGAGACUGGGUCCAUCCUUUGCCUCCCAGCUCUCUCCUGCCCAUCCCCUUUGUCUGGGCCUGCUGCGUCCCUUUCCCCAGCCACUUCGUCCCAGAUCCUGCCCUCGCCCCACCUCCAAAAUUCUGGCCAGCGCCCUUGCCUGGUAACCUUAUCUCCCUCCCUCCCUCCUACAUCUUCUUCCCCCUGGUCCCCUGUCGGUUCCCCCUUUUCCCAAGGUCCGGGUUGCUCCGCCCGGCCCCAUCCGCUCCAGUCCAGGGAUGUUCUCCGCAGCCCCGCGCCGUUGGCCCUAACGCUGUUCCUCUUUGCCUACAAGCUCUGCCGCUUCUUCUCCAUGUUGGGCCCACGGCCGGAAGCCGAGCGGCUAGCGGUGCCGGGGCCGGACAUGGAGGGCGGCGCGAGCUUAUGGUGGACCACGGGCGGCCACAAGGCCUACCAGGUGUCGCCUGGGGCGAGCACCGAGGUGCGGAGUGCCCUGGACAGCGCCCUGCCCGAGCUGCAGCAGGCGCUGUCGGAGCUGAAGCAGGCCGGCAGCGCGCGGGCCGUGGGCACCUGCCUGGAUGAGAUCUUCCAGCUGGUAGAGGACGCCUGGCUGUUGCCGACCGUGGGCCGCGAGGUAGCCCAAGAUCUGUGCGACGCCAUCCGCCUGGACGGCGGCCUCGACCUGCUGCUGCGGCUGCUGCAGGAGACGGAGCUGGAGACGCGAGUGCAGGCCGCGCGUCUGAUGGAGCAGGUCCUGGUGGCUGAAAACCGGGACCGGGUGGCGCGCAUCGGACUGGGCGUCAUCUUGAACCUGGCAAAGGAGCGUGAGCCCGUGGAGCUGGCACGAAGCGUAGCCGGCAUCUUGGAGCACAUGUUUAAGCACUCGGAGGAGACGUGCCAGCGACUGGUGGCAGAGGGCGGACUGGACGCGGUGCUGUACUGGUGCCGCCUCACGGACCGGGUGCUGCUCCGUCACUGUGCGCUGGCGCUGGCCAACUGCGCGCUGCACGGGGGCCAGGCGGCGCAGCGGCGCAUGGUGGAGAAGCGCGCCGCCGAGUGGCUCUUCCCGCUCGCCUUCUCCAAAGAGGAUGAGCUGCUGCGGCUGCACGCCUGCCUCGCUGUGGCGGUGCUGGCCACCAACAAGGAGGUGGAGCGUGAGGUGGAGCGCUCCGGCACGCUGGCGCUCGUGGAGCCGCUCGUGGCCUCGCUGGACCCCGGUCACUUCGCCCGCUGCCUGGUGGACGCCAGCGACACCAGCCAGGGCCGCGGUCCAGAUGACCUGCAGCGCCUCGUGCCGCUGCUCGACUCGUCGCGCUUGGAGGCGCAGUGCAUCGGGGCUUUCUAUCUGUGUGCUGAAGUUGCCAUCAAGAGCCUGCAGGGCAAGACCAAGGUGUUCAGUGACAUCGGUGCCGUCCAGAGCUUGAAACGCCUGGUUUCCUACUCCACCAAUGGCACCACGUCGUCGCUGGCCAAGAACACGUUGCGCCUGCUGCGCGAGGAUGUGCCGCGGCGCAUCUUGCCCUGCGUGCCCAGCUGGAAGGAGGCCGAGGUCCAAAUGUGGCUGCAGCAGAUUGGCUUCUCUCAGUACUGCAGGCGUUUCUGUGAGCGGCAGGUAGAUGGCGACCUGCUUCUGCGGCUCACGGACGAGGAACUCCAGACCGACCUAGGCAUGAAAUCGGGCAUCACCCGCAAGAGAUUCUUUAGGGAGCUCACGGAGCUCAAGACUUUCGCCAACUACGCGACGUGCGACCGCAGCAACCUGGCUGACUGGCUGGGCAGCCUGGACCCGCGCUUCCGCCAGUACACGUAUGGCCUGGUCAGCUGCGGCCUGGACCGCUCCCUGCUGCACCGCGUGUCAGAGCAGCAGCUCCUGGAGGACUGCGGCAUCCGCCUGGGCGUGCAUCGCACCCGCAUCCUUACUGCCGCCAGAGAGAUGCUACACUCCCCGCUGCCUUGCACUGGCAGCAAGCCGAGUGGGGACAUUCCGGAUGUCUUCAUCAGCUACCGAAGGAACUCAGGCUCCCAGCUGGCCAGCCUCCUGAAGGUGCAUCUGCAGUUGCAUGGCUUCAGUGUCUUCAUUGAUGUGGAGAAGCUGGAAGCGGGCAAGUUUGAGGACAAGCUCAUCCAAAGUGUCAUGGCUGCCCGAAACUUUGUGCUGGUGCUGUCGGCCGGGGCACUGGACAAGUGCAUGCAGGACCACGAAUGCAAGGAUUGGGUCCACAAGGAGAUUGUGACUGCUUUGAGCUGCGGCAAGAACAUUGUACCUGUCAUUGAUGGCUUCAAGUGGCCGGAGCCCCAGGCCCUGCCUGAGGACAUGCAGGCUGUGCUUACCUUCAAUGGCAUCAAGUGGUCCCACGAGUACCAGGAGGCCACCAUUGAGAAGAUCAUCCGCUUCCUGCAGGGAUGCUCCUCCCGGGACUCGUCUGCAAGCUCUGACACCAGUUUGGAGGGUGCUGCACCCAUGGGUCCUACUUAACCAGUGCCGAGUUCCCAAGCUCUGCUGCCCACUGUGUGCCCGGUGACUUGGGAGAGAUUUCCGCAAUCUGUAUGGGAUCCAAUCCUGUCCCUUCGGCAGACCAGCCUGGGAAGCGUUUUUUUCCUGGAGUGGCCUGGUCAACUUCUCCUUCCCUUUGUUCUGCCUUUCCUUGCGUGCCUAUGAAACCUUUGGCGGUAUUAAGAAUAGGAAGGCAGUCUUUGU